GGCUUUAUCUCCAAAGGAAGGUGCGGAACAAACGGCUAUGUCGCGUGAAUAUCAGCAAAGCUUAUAAAGCUAAGAGGGGAAAUAGUGUAUAUACUGUACAUAGUAGAGGAAGUAUCGCGGUGUUCCCCUCAAACACAUUUCCAAAGGACAUCGUGGGAUUUUUCGUCCUUGGAGAUUAUCGUUAUCGUCGCCACCAUCUCGCUGUCGUUAUCAAAGUCCCCCAGGAUAAACUUGAGUACCGAAGGGUCCAUUGUUCUAUAACAGUUCUUUAAUAUGCAUGGGUUCUUCGACCAAGAUCCCGGCAGAUCCAGAAGUCCACGAUGGCGCUUCGCGCUUCUAUCCUUGCUCGCGCUCUUCCCUUCGUCGAGCGUUGAAGCCGGCAUCUUCCUAUCCCGAGAUGAUUCAAGAGGGGCGGUGGCGAGUGAGAGCUCGAUAUGUAGCAGUAUUGGAAUAGAUCUCAUAAGGCGCGGCGGCAAUGCUGUAGACGCCGCAGUUGGCACGACGUUAUGUGUUGGCGUUAUUGGAAUGUACCACAGCGGCAUCGGCGGCGGCGGUUUUAUGCUUGUGCGCAGCGAGACGGGCGAGUAUGAAGACGUUGAUUUCCGGGAAACGGCGCCGGCUGCUGCAUAUGAGGAUAUGUACGCCAAUUUCACGAUCGGCAGCAUAGUUGGUGGGGAUGCAAGCGGGGUUCCAGGCGAACUGAGGGGCUUCGAAUAUGUACAUAAGAAGUAUGGGAAACUACCGUGGGCUAUGGUUGUAAUGCCCGCAGCGAAAGUUGCAGAGAGAGGGUUUCCAGUGACGGAAGAUCUUUUUGGAUUCAUGACCAGUACGGUCAAUAAGGGACAGCAUUUUCUCACAGAAGAUCCCAGCUGGGCAAUAGAUUUUGCUCCAAAUGGCACACUCCUUCAACCAGGCGAAAUAAUGACACGGAAACGGUUUGGCAAGACCCUGCGAACGAUUGCUCAGCAAGGGGCAAAUGCUUUCUAUGAGGGACCUAUUGCCGAGGCCACUAUCCGGGCUGUCCAACUCGCCAACGGCUCCAUGACCCUAGAUGAUAUGUCACAAUAUGAUAUUAUCUCACGCGAACCUGUCAGCAUAGACUAUAGAGGAUAUAAGAUGUUCUCAACCGGUGCCCCGAGCAGUGGAGCAGUGGCGCUGAACACCUUCAAAAUCAUUGAGGGGUACAACAUGAGCGACCCCAAUAACUUGAAGCUGAACACCCAUAGACUAGACGAAGCUAUCAAGUUUUCGUACGGAAGCCGCAACGAACUCGGCGACCCAGACUUUGUGGAAGGCAUUGUCGAUUUCCAAACCCAAAUGCUAGACACAGCAAGUGCCCAUGCGACUAGGCACAAGAUAUCAGACGACCACACUCUAGACCCCGCAGACUACAACCCGAAACUGCUCUCCCACCCCGACAGCCACGGAACCUCGCACAUCGUGACGACCGACUCAUCAGGCCUAUCCAUCACGCUCACCACCACCAUAAACCUCUCAUUUGGCAGCCGGCUCUGCGUCCCCGAAACCGGCAUCAUCAUGAACAACGAAAUGAAUGACUUCUCCAUCCCCGGCGUCUCCAAUGAAUUCGGCUUCGUCCCCUCCCGCAACAACUAUAUCCGCCCCGGCAAACGCCCUCUCUCCUCCAUCACCCCCAUCAUCGUCGAGAAGGCCGAUGGCAGCCUCUACGUCGUCACCGGCGCCGCAGGCGGCUCGCGCAUCAUCACCGCUACCAUCCAGGCGCUCUGGCACGUCCUCGAUCACGGUAUGACGAUGCCCGAGGCGCUGGCGCAGCCGAGGUUGCAUGACCAGCUGCUGCCGGCGCAGGUGCGUUUCGAGGUGGGGUAUGAUAAUGAUACGACGGCGUAUAUGCGUGAGAAGGGGCAUAAUAUUACGUGGACGACCGAGUUGCUUAGUAAGACGCAGGGGAUUAGGAGGUUGGAGAAUGGGACGUUUGAGGCGGCGGCGGAGCCGAGGCAGAAGAAUAGUGGGGGGUUUGCGGUGUAGAGGGAUGUUGGAUACCUGUGACAUAUGCGUGAUACUUAGAAGUUUAAAUAGAGUAUAUAUGUGGCAAUGAGAAGAUGUAGCAAUU